UAUUGAUUGCCCGAAAUAAAACUGGAACCCAGUCGUGUUCGCGGACAAAUAUUUCUUUAGGUGCUAAAAAUGGCAAAAGGAAUGUUCCUAACAGAUUCUGGUACCGUAGAACCACCUAUAAUAUAAUAUAUACACGUGGACACACUUUGGAGCCAAGGAGAAAGAGCUUAUGAGAAAGGGGGUUGAAAUAAUGAAAUGGUAACGUUUCUGGCAUUUGUCAAAUAGCCCUGCGACCGGAAGAAAUAGGAGAAGCUUUGCUCAAAGCCCCGAAGCUCUGCGAUCCUCAAGAAUUUCAAUCCAGACACGAUGAGACAAGGCUUCUGUUGUGACUUUUGGUGGUUCUGGCAGCUAGAGCUUUCAUGAAAGCGUAGUAUACAUUAAUUGUACAAGGAUGAUGGAAGGAGUGGAUUUUAAUUGUUUUCCAUAACUUUAAUCUCUUUAGCUUCUACAAAGGUUUCACUAUUAGUUUAUCAAUGCCUGGUCGCACUAUCUAUUUACUAAUCAAGAGGGAAACAAAACAAGAGGCAAAAGCAGUGAUUCUAUGUAGUUAUUAUCAAGAGGUUUGCCAGUAUCCAAAUUGGCCUUGUCCCACACAUGUCAGCUUGAAUGAAUAAUCCUCAGAGAAACAGUCUUGGCGGGAGGAACGUGGAGCAGGCCAUAACAGCCAUAAAAAGGGGAUCGUACCUUCUCAAGUAUGGGCGUAGAGGAAAGCCAAAGUUUUGCCCUUUUCGGCUUUCAACUGACGAGACAAGACUGAUUUGGUAUUGUGGAAAGGAGGAGAAAAGUAUCCAACUAAGUCAUGUUUCAACAAUUAUUCAUGGGCAACGUACUGCAAUAUUUCAGCGUCAUCCUCGACCUGACAAAGAAUAUCAAUCCUUCUCUCUCAUACAUGACAAACGAUCUUUAGAUUUGAUUUGCAAAGAUAAGGAUGAGGCAGAAAUCUGGUUCAUUGCGCUCAGGGCACUUAUUUCUCCGGAUAGCUGUGAAAAAUGGAGAAGCACAAUAAGAAGACAUAGUACUUCAUCAGAUAGUUCAAGUGCCUUGACCCAACAAAGAUCCCAGUCCAUUUCACUGACUGGCAGCAGACCCAUGGGAAAAUCAUUUAAAUCAGCAUGCAUUUGAGAGCCCCCAUAAGACAAGAUUGGUAAGAGCCAUCUCCGAUAUUCUACUUUAUAAUACAGCAGCAUGUUCUUCCCAUAGAGAUUUAGUCUCCAAUUCCAUUAGUUCAAGAUUAUUUAAGAACUUAGAUGAUGAAAAUGGGCGGAGCUCUGUGGAUACAUUUCGAGUUAGUUUCUCUAGUGCCAUUAGUUCAUCUAGCCAGAGAUCUUUUGGAAAUUCUGAUACAGACGUCCUAGUGUGGGGCGAAGGAACUGGUGAUGAUCUAUUGGGUGGUGGGCUUUAUAGUGGUGGAAGCUUACCUGGUGCAUCAAGGGAUUCUUUAUUGCCAAAGACUCUUGAAUCAGCAUCAGUGCUCGAUACUCAAAUUAUUUCCUGUGGGAGUAGGCAUGCAGUUCUCAUCACAAAACAUGGAGAGACUUAUAGCUGGGGAGACGGAUCUUUUGGUAGACUAGGGCAUGGAAUAGAGUCUGAUAUCUAUAACCCGAAACUUAUUGACACCCUCAGUGGGUUCACCAUUACAUCUGCAGAAUGUGGAGAAUAUCAUUCAUGUGCUAUAACCAUUGAUGGGGAACUCUAUACAUGGGGAGAUGGCACUUACAACUUUUGCCUCCUUGGGCAUGGCACUGGAAUCAACCACUGGACCCCGAAAAAGGUAAGGGGCUCAUUGGAGGAUAAACAUGUAUCAAUGAUCUCAUGUGGACCUUGGCAUUCAGCUGUUCUAACAUCCAUGGGUGAAUUGUUUACAUUUGGGGAUGGAAGUUUUGGUGCCCUAGGUCAUGGAGACCACUGUAGCACUUGCAUUCCUAAGGAGGUUGAAUCUCUGAAAGGGUUAAGAACAACAAAAGUUUCAUGUGGAUAUUGGCAUACUGCUGCUGUUGUAGAGUCCACUUCAGAAAAUCUUGAUUGUGGUUCUCUAACUUGCAGGCUGUUUACUUGGGGAAAUGGGGAUGAUGGUCAGCUUGGACACGGGGAUAACAUAUCUAGACUUGUACCAUGUGUUCUUGCUGUUUUAGAAGGUACAAACUUCUGUCAGGUUGCAUGUGGUUGUAGCAUCACGGUUGCACUUACAACCUCGGGACAAAUAUAUACUAUGGGAAGUGCUGAUCAUGGACAACUUGGAGUUCCAGGGAGUACAGGGAGACUUCCUUCUUCUGUCCAUGGAAAAAUUAAGGACAGUUUUAUUGAAGAAAUAGCGUGUGGUUCUUUUCAUGUUGCAGCAUUGAGUUCACAAUCCGAGGUAUACACAUGGGGAAAGGGAGGGAAUGGCCAACUAGGACAUGGUGAAAACUAUGACAGGAGUAUCCCUACACGGGUUGAGGCUUUGAGAGACAAAUGCGUAAAAAGUGUGGUUUGUGGGAAAAAUUUCACUGCCGUCACUUGUCUUCACAAAGAAUUAUCGAUGUAUGAUUAUUCCAUUUGUUCGGGUUGCCACUCUUCAUUUAACUUCAGAAGGAAGCGUCAUAAUUGCUACAACUGUGGGCUAGCUUUUUGCAAGACAUGCACGAGUAAGAAAUCAGUGAAAGCCUCCUUGGCUCCAAGUUUGAAUAAACCUUAUCGUGUAUGUGAAGAUUGCUUUAAUAAACUCAACAAGGGCUUGGAUAGUUCACCUACCACUUUACCGCCAAAGGCAUGUGGCUUAGUUCCUUACAAGAGUUUCAGUGAGCAAAAGGAGAAACGUAUUAACCAUAAGAUCAAAGGCCUUGCUUUUGAGCUUUCAUCAUUUGAUUCAUUCAGAUGGUCUGAAAAUCAGCACUCCAAGAGUAACCAGAAACAAAAUUCAAGUCAUGGUGCUUCUAGUGGAAGUUCUCAAUGGGAUGGAUCUUUUGUUUCAAGUCCUACAUCUAUGCUUGACUUUUCUGACAAAACACUGUUUCACAUCCCUGGAUCAACACAUCAUUCUCUAUCAGAUUCUCCUGCAUCUAUAAGUUCAAGUCAUACGCCUUCCUUUUCGAAGGCAUGUGAUUUUCCUCUGGUGGGAAAUCCUGGAGUUGUUGCUAGAGAAAGAGAUACAAGUGAAACUCUCACAAAAGAACUAUAAAUAUUAAGAGAGCAGGUGGAAACUCUCGUGAAUAGAUCACAGUUCUUGGAAGUGGAGCUUGAAACAACAUUAAAGCGAUUAAUAGAGGCACAAGAUGCAGCCCAAGUUGAGACUGAGAAAAACAUUGCUGCAAAGGAAGUAAUCAAAUUUUUGGUGACGCAGGACUUCUUAAUUUGCUUGUUUCUGUGGAAUCAACAAUCUUAUGCUGAGAGUAAAACAUUCAAGGUAACAUGUAUAAUUUCUGAUUGCUUCUUUUUAAAAAUAUUCUGUAGUUGAAUAACAUGGCAGCCAACCUCCCGGGCAAGUGUGUAUGAGUAGGAACAGAGGCAAAGUGUAAAUGACGAUACACCAUGUAGAUAAACUUUUUUCUCAAUUAAGAUCUUUUUGCUAUCCUUUACAUAGCAGGGUUCACUUUUGCGGUCAUUUUUGUUGUUUCCUUCACUUUAACAUCUCACAAGAACCAGUGGUUUCAUUUUGGGCAAUCAAAAGUCAUUGAUCCCCAGUAUUGAUGUACAUAUUUCAUUACUUUCAGGAUACGGGUAAAUUACUUCUUGUCAGGAUAGCUUAGUAGGAUCAUUUUCUUUACAUUUAGUGAUGUAUUCAUGAAAUCGGUUGUACACUUGUACCUAAGUAUAUUCACUGUGACAUCUUCUGCAAAGAAACAAAAGCUGCAUUUUGGCUAUAAGUUAUAGGGUUUGAUGCAUGAAUUGUGAUUGCUUGUCUUUGCUUGUUCUAUCAA